AUGGAGGAGAGCAAAGCAAUGAUAUGCGGCAUUCUUCUCGACGCAACAUACUUCACCACACAUGUCGAUAAAAUAUCGCAAUACGUGCAGACGAUAUCCGCGUUUGUUAAAGUGUUUAAAGAAAUCCACGACAUGUCGUUUGUCUUCCUCCAAAUAUUUGCAGGGAAAACAGUGUAUGUCGACACUAAGGAUCAUCUCUUCGAAAACAUCGCAAAUGGCGUUAAACAAGUACUUACAGAAAAGUUCGACGCCAAGCGGCCGAACUUGUCAGCCGCGAUGUCUUCCGCAAUGUGUCGGAUUAAUAGCUACUCGAAAAGCAACCCAACCCUUCACAAAAAGAUAGUCGCGAUAUCAACACCACUCAAUGCCGCCCCAACCUUCAUUACUGUUAUGAACAAUAUUUUUGCUGCACAGAAAAUCGGAGUUUCUAUUGACACAAUUGUGAUUUCAGAUAAUGAAGAGCCUUGCACUAUAUGCCAACAAGCCUCAUAUUUAACGAAUGGGAUUUAUAACAUGUCAUCACUCGACACACUCCUUCCAAGACUCUUGGUUUGUUGGUUUGGU